AUGCUGGUUCUUUUUUGGUUCGUUUCGCUUGUUUUCUUACAAGUUUAUGGACACGGUGAAGAUUGCAAUCCGCAGGACAAUGAUGCAAGUUCAAUAAUUUGUUGUUCGUCUGACCGUUUUACCCUUUUUAGCGGUUGUUCGAAUGUCAGCUGGUUGUGACGGAAUCUUUCAGUACGGGGCGUGGUAUCGAAUCCACCGCUAAGUUGAUUAAGGACCUCAAAGAGAUAACUCAUGAGGAUUACGGGAAGCAAAAAUGCAUGUAUGUUAUUUGGGGGCUUUUUACCUUAGGAGUUAAUGUGAUGUAGUGCAAUACAAAUGGUUUUAGCAACUUCUGGCGCAUGACUUUGUGCACCAGAACUUUGAAACCAUGCUCACAAAAUGUUCCGAACUCUCUGAUUGAGGAAUUGAAAGAUACGAUUGAGCGGACUUUUGGAGUUUGCAAUGGACUUGACGCGAAUGGUAAGUCUACUAUCUAAACCAUUCAUGUUGUUCAUCAUACUGCUAUUUAUGGAUUUUUUUUGGUUUCAGCCACCAAGGAGCUGGUCAAAUGCAAUUCAUUUGUGCAGGGAGGAACCUGCAGUCAGCAUCUUGAAAGGCCUUGCGAGUAAAUUUUUUGUCUCUUACCUAUAUUCAGAUUAUUUAUUUACCUGCUUCUACUUUCAGUCCAUCUUAUUUUGAUUGCCUCUAUCAUUACGUUGACCGCGAAUGCGUCGAAUUGAAUCGAGACGGCCGUCAAUUACUCUGUUAUCUGGUUGGAUGGCAAACCAAAGAAGUUUGUCUUUAUCACUCCAUUUGCACCCAAGAAAAGUGGACCAAGGAGGUUCACUAUCACUAUUAA